AUGAUUAAAACACCUAAUCUUCAAUAUUUUUCAACAGAAUUCAGUUGUUUUACUUGUAGCUUCAAUAAUGAUAAUGAAAAUAAAACAAAAACAUCAUUAAGAAAUUUACCAAUGAAAAAACUUAAAUUAAUUAAUCUUUGGUCACGAAAUAUAUUGAUAAAUCUUUUGCAUAUUAUGCCAAAUUUAUAUUAUUUAAAUAUUAAAGGAUGGACAUUUUAUAUAAAUGGAUAUGAAUGGAAAGAUAUUAUUGUUAAAUACUUACCUAACCUAAGAACAUUUCGUUUAACUAUGUUAUUAGAAUUUAAUAAUAAUAUAAAUAAAGAAAAACAUAUUGAUCAAUUAUUAGAAGCAUAUCGUAGUCCAUUCUGGAUUGAAGAACAUCAACGGUUUAUUGAAUGUCUUUGGAUAGAAUCUAUCAAUGAAAAAUUGUUUUGUUUAUAUUCAUUACCAUACUCUUUUGAAAGUAUUCCAGGAAGUGUUUCUCAGCCAAGUUAUCGUGCUAAAUUGGCCUGUCCGUCACAAAUUAAGUUUUCUUAUGAUCAUGUUCACAAUCUACUAUAUGAUUCGUCACUAUUUACGAAUACAGAAUUUUCUCAUAUACAAUUUAAUCAUAUAAAAGAUCUUAAAAUUAAACUACCGUUCGAUGAUAAAUUUUUUUCAAUCAUCUUAAACUUCGAUUAUUUAUUAUCACUUACAUUAUCACAUUUAAAUCAUUAUUCAUCUCAGUUGCAAUCUUUAUUCGAUAAAAUUCCUCAUUUGUUAUCGUUAAAAUUUCAAUCAUGGUCCACAAAAGACAUGCCUCCAUUCGAUAUUAAGUGUUCAUCAGUUCGUUAUCUUGAUAUACAAGGAUUUGACGCUACGCAUAAUCGUCACUGUUUUAAUAUUCGACAAUUAACAAAUAUACCUAGUAUACUUGAACUUGUAUAUAUGAUGAAGAAUCUUCGUACACUUUAUAUUACAUAUUUUCCUGAUUCACGAAGUCAUCAACCUGAUGUUGUUGACUUAAUACGACACUUUGCACCACCAACAACCAUCGUUACACGAAAAUAUUAUGGAUAUAUUACUAUUCGAUUGUAA